GCCACUGUUAGUCAUCCUUUCUUAUUUCAUAUGUUAGUGAGGACACUUGUUGUAAAUCAUCAUUCUAUCGUCAAUUUCCCAAUCAAACGUGCGUACUCAAAACCUUUCAAAUUUAGUGCCCUCAACUCAUCCGUGAACCUCCACUCGAAUUGUAAGCUUUCAUUCAUCUCUUAUCAUUCUUGUUGAUUUCGUCACAUCUUUGAUCUUUCUUACCUUUUGCCCUUCUUUUUUCAUCUUCUCAAUCUUCAGUUAACAGAUCAUAUCAAUGGUUAUCUUGACUGGGGAAGGAGCUUCUUCUUCUUCUUCUAUCUACCGAUGGAAUUAUAAUGUCUUUUUAAGUUUUCAAGGUGAAGAUACUCGUAAUAAUUUUACAAGCCAUUUAUAUGAGGCUUUGCGUGGAAAGGGUAUUAACACUUUCAUUGAUAAUGACCUUCAGAAGGGAGAAGAAAUUUCAAUGGAACUUCUUAAAGCCAUUGAAUUGUCAAAGAUUUUGAUUGUUGUCUUCUCUAAAAAUUUUGCCUCUUCUACUUGGUGUUUGAACGAACUUGUUAAGAUUUUUGAGUGUAAGAGUAAGAGUAAUGGCCAAAAGGUUUUACCAAUUUUUUACAAAGUAGACCCAUCAGAAAUACGUAAACAAGAUGGGGAGUAUGGGAUUGCACUAGUUGAACAUGAAGAAAAAUUCAAAGAUGACAUAGAAAAGGUUCGGACGUGGAGGAAAACUUUAACUAAAGCAGCUAAUUUGUCUGGAUUUCAUUACAAUGAUAGCUGCACUGAAUUUGAGUUUAUCCGAAGAGUUAUAAAAGAGAUAUCAAGUACUAUAUCAAAUCAUGGACCAUUAUUUGUUGCUAAACAUCCAGUUGGAAUAGAUAUUCGAGCGGAGGCCAUCAUUUUAGAUAUGGAGUCAAAUGAUGUUUGCAUGGUAGGAAUUUGUGGUUUUGGGGGAAUAGGUAAGACUGCAAUCUCGAAAGCUAUUUAUAAUAGAAUUGCUCACCGUUUUGAAGGAAGCUGUUUUUUAGAGAAUGUUAGAGAAGAGUCAAAAACAAUUGGUGGCAUAACCAAACUACAAGAGACACUUCUUUGUAAGAUCUUACAUGAUAAAGAUUUGAAAGUGUACAAUGUUUCUGAAGGUACCAAUUUGAUAAUGCAACGACUUCAUGGUAAAAAAGUUCUUUUAAUUCUUGAUGAUGUGGGUGACUUAAAAGAGGUAGACAAUUUGCUUGGAAAAUGUGACUGGUUUGCUUCCGGAAGUAGAGUAAUUAUAACAACAAGAGACACACAAGUACUAGCCACUUUGGGAAAAGAUCCUCGAAUAUAUGAGGUUAGAAAAUUGAGUCAAUGUGAAGCUCUUGAACUUUUCAAACGGCAUGCCUUCCUAACAAGUAAAUAUGGGGAAGAUUAUUUAGAACUUGCAGAACAGAUUACAAGUUAUGCUGAUGGCCUUCCAUUAGCUUUAGAAAUAAUUGGUUCUGAUUUGUGUGGAAAAAAUAUACAUGGAUGGAAAAAUGCAUUAGAAAAGUAUAAAAAUAUUCCACAUGUAAAAAUUCACGAAAUACUAAAAAUAAGUUAUGAUGGAUUGGAGAAGACUGAAAAGGAUAUUUUUCUUGAUAUUGCAUGUUUUUUUAAGGGUUACAAGAUGGUUGAAGUUGUAAAGAUUUUAGAUUCUUGCGAGUUAUAUCCAGACUAUGGUAUUGAAAAGCUUAUUGAUAAGUGUCUCAUAACCUUGGAUAUUAAUGGCUUUUUGUCAAUGCAUGACCUGCUACAACAAAUGGGUAGAGAAAUUGUUCAACAAGAAUCAGAAGAGGUUGAACAACGUAGUAGGAUAUGGCGUUAUAAGGAUGCUCAUAAAUUACUAACGAGAAAUAUGGGAUCAAAAAAAAUUCGAAGCAUAAUGUUGCUCUCACCUGAACGAACAGAGGUGUCAUUGAAAGCUAAAGUUUUCAAGAGGAUGAAAAAUCUCAAAUUUCUUGUAGGCAAUGUACGUAUUGGUGAAGCACUUGAAUAUCUCCCAGAUGAGUUAAGGUUUCUUGAAUGGCGUGAAUCUCCUCUAUCCUUAUCUUCCAAAUGUUGUCUUCCUCAACAACUUGUUGUACUCAAGAUGUCUAAGUCUAACAUUAUAUUGGAGAAUGUAUUCAAGCAGGGGUUCCAGAAUGAAAAUUUGAAAAAGAUCAGUCUUGAAUCUUGUGAAUCCAUUACAAAAUUACCUGACUUGUGCUGCCCAAACUUAGAGAAAUUGAACCUUGGAUAUUGUAAAAAUUUAAUUGAGGUUCACAAGUCCAUUGGAUUUCUUGAGAAGCUUAAAGAAUGGAAUCUCGAUGGCUGUUCACAACUUCAAAUUCUUCCAAGUACACUCAAGUUGAGAUCUCUUAAAUAUUUUAAUCUAGCUGAUUGCUCAAGGCUUGAGAAGUUCCCCGAUAUUCACCCAAAAAUGAAUCGUCUAGGGAACUUGAAUUUGGCUGGUUGUGGUAUUAGAGAAUUGCCUUCAUCACUGUUGUAUCUGACUGAACUUUACUGGUUAUACCUAAGUAGCAGUUUCAACAAGAGUAAGCUUACGAAUUUUCUAGUUGGGGCCAAUAAAUCACAAAUGCGGGAGGAAGAAGAUAUUCCUUCUGCCAAAUUGAGACUGCCGUGCAAUUCCUUUAAUAACUUUUCGGGACCUACUGGGUUUCUGUGCUUGUCAAGUCUGAAUCUUAGAGGGUGUCCAAUUCAAGAUGGAUUAGAUUCU